AUGACGAGGACGGACGACCGAAUAAAGGACGCUUUCACCACGAAGUGCCCUCACGAGGCCGACGAGGGCGAGACGUUUCUCAUCAACAUGCGCGAGGUCAUCGACCGCAGCUCUCCGGGAAGCUUCAAAGAGUACGCCUUCUACAACAAGUGGGACAACAAGGUGCCGAAUCGAUGGGUCGUGGCGCUGUGGAGGUCGAACGAGGGGCAGUACGAGCGAGCGAUACAGCUGCAGUGCGUGGAGAUCCUGGGGCGGCGGGCCUUUGUCGGCAUCAACUUCCUGAGCCGCGAGCCCCUGGUGCCCCCGCGAGCGAUGUCGGAGAUGUUCCAGAAGGCGAAGGCGCUCGGCCUGGCGGGGAUAGGAGGGAGCCCCGCAGAGAUGGAGAUCGUUCGGCACGAGGGGUGCCGAUAUCCCACCUCAUCGGGGAACAAGGAGAGCCGCAGUUGGGGGUCGGCGUGGGGGGUGAACACGCUGGCGUUAUAGCGACAAGCAGCUCUGCCCUUUUCGAGGACCCAACAGAUUUGUGGUGGCAGUGGGGCAGCUCCUCUCAGCGAUGGGGAGAGGAGCAGUUACUUUGGAGCUUUGAGGUGGGUGCGAUGGCAGUGUGACCCAGAAGCGAACCGAGCAGAUGAGUGUCGGUCGAUGAUGGAACGCCUCAUUCACCUCGACCUCGGCCUUCUUUGGACGAAACAGCGACUCUCUCCAUGCCCUGCCGCAGGGGCGGAGGGAUAUUCCUCGACUGGGAGCAGCUUCAGACGCUAACGCCACGCAUAUUAAGCACCCUGUUGCCCUUUUUUUUCUAAUGGUUUUUCCUUUGAAUUUCCGCCGGUGCACUAGCGUCAUAUCUGAGAAGCGUUAGGGAUGGUCUUGCGCAAGUAGCCGUAGGCCGUUUCCGCUGAGGGUGAAUGUCUCCAGGGUGUUUGGGGCAAGAUUGAAGUAACAGUGAACGGGAGGGAGGGCGAGCCGCACGGGAACCGAGCUGUUCUCGAUCAUGGUAUUGCAGAGGAAAGCUGUACGGGCUUUCGCGUUCCCUAGGGUUUGGAACGAUGGCAUCUAGUGUCGGCUUUGCUUGUCGGAUGGUCCUGGGGGAAACCGAUGAGUGAGGCGGGCUGGCGAUGCACUUCAUUCUAAAUAGGGUGGAAGUAUCACAGAGAAGAACACAACAUGUGCUAGUGUUUUCGGCGCAAUUCUACGCCUUUCGAUACAUGUUUGACUUAUCUCAGAGGGUACAACACAGGAGAACGGGUGAGCAUAGAAUUUUCAUGCUCGGGAAAAUAUAUUAGUGCAUGGCGCCUCAAUAGAAGAUGAUGUUUGUACCGACAGAGGUGUCGGAUUGAGCGGAGCGUUCGGGUUCAAUCCCCUAUGGUUUUGGCAUGAGGGGGUCCGGUCGAUGAGAGAUUGCAUAUGUUUGACAAAAGUCGUGUCGCUAAUGAUCGCUUCUUAGGGCGGCCUAUCCUGUUGUAGGGCGGUGGUCUUGUGCAACGCGCCGCGGUGUCGAGACAAGAACCGGUUUUUCUUGGGGUGGUGGGUGUUCGGGUUCUACACUAUCAAACGCUCGCCAAAAAGAGAGAGAAAGGGAGCACCGAAGCCAGGUGUUCAUUGAUAUUUUUAGAAUAUUUGUUGUUAAUGGGCGUUCAACAUCGAGUCAUUGAAAAUUUCGUCUGGUUUUCAGUGAUGCGUUAGUUGUUGUUUCUGGAACUUUCCGGGGUUUUGGACUACAUUGACUAGCGGUGUCCUGUUUUCCUUUUGAUGGUACAUGGCGCACUCUGGAUGUAUGCGUGCCCUUCACAGUUUCCUCGGUCUAAGUAGCUUGCCCUAGAUUGUUAUCUCAUGAAAACUGGCGUUAUUCGAGAUCUUGAGUCGUUAUAUUAGCACGCAUUCAAAUGCUCGUAGCUGUUGGGAGUUUGCUGGGAGGGUUGAUGAUGUGAGUGAGGCAGACUCAGUGUUAAAUGUGUGAUCGGACCUGUGACAUUGUCACCCCGUGAGCCUCUUAUGAAGUGCCGCCAGCAAAGCAACACAGGGGGAAUUUCCUUAUCACACAGAGGGGAAGUUGACUUGUAGAGUUUCAUGAUAAAGUUGAUCAUCAUGGCCAGCACGCGGCCGUUAGUUGCCGUUGGUGUUGAAGAACGUGAGCGAGUGAGUGAGUGAGCUGGAGCAGCCGCGUUCCAAUUUACAGUGCUUGUCUAGCUCUUCUAUGGGCGCCCUCCACCAGAAGGCAGCGUUGGUUCAGAUUUCAAACCGAGCUGAUUGACCACGAUGAAAUUCCGUGCCUCAUUGGGAUACGAACGGUCGACAGUUCACUCAACCUCGUCGUUCUCUGGUUCACCCCAAGACUAUUGAUCUGAUUGGCUCCCCAUACACGCCUCUAGUCUCCUUUAAACAGUUCAACAAGGACACAAAAUGUUGGAGAAUGUUUCGCAACAAUCCUGUCGCCGCUGACACCGCCGGCUACUGUUCGAUCUGUUAAUUUCGCCUAUACUUUGUGCUGUGAUAAGGGUGGUUCUUAACGCUUCGGAAAGUAGCGAAUUUUCCACGGAACGGUGACAAGAAAAUCCGGCUUUUUUUCGCUUGUUAUUUUCGUGAUGUCAUCUCAACAAGUUGAGUUGGUGUACUCACCAUUGAACAGCGGUAAAAGCGCAAUGAGCAGCACCCGACACGGAGGACAACACACUUAGAAAGACCCUAUCCACCCGGCCUGCUGUUUCCAGUUUUCAGCAACAACAGGCUCAGGGCAGAGUGUCGCAACCUGGGUGUUGCUUGCGAUUUCUUCAGUUUGCCAGCUCAUUUUCCACGGUUGCGACUCCCAUCUUUGACCACCACCUGCCCAAAGGUAGACGAGCUCAACAAUCAUAGGGCGGCCGCCGCGCUGACGGCCAGCAUCAUAUAGAUCGCCAACCCGAAAGAAUUAGCGUGUCGGAGGCCCUGCUGCUUUUCUGCUGCGUGGUGCCGUGGAUUGAUGUUGACGUGUCCGACCAAAAAGAGAACAUACAUCUCGCCGCAUUUUUUCCAACGGCACUUUCGUGAGGUGGCACACGUCUCUCACACACCUUAUUGAGCAGCACCAAAGCACCCAAUACCCACGAAGCAGUACGGCGCCGGGAGAUGGUAUCAUAUAUAGACAGCCGAACCGAAGGAAUCAGCGCGUUGGAGGUCUUGGUACUGCUGCUGCUGUACCCGUUCUACUACUGUUUCCGAGUUUGCUAUGUGUGAUUGAAAAAAAAAUCCCCGGCACCAACAGCA